AUGGACAGAGUUGGCUUGCGGCAUCGCCUCGGUGCUACGAAAGCACCAGACCCGGUCUCAGAUCAAUCCAAGCGUCCGCCUUCAUCCAUUCCUGAUGCAGAACCCAAGCCUUUGGACGAGCCGUACGAGGCAACCGUUGCCGCCGCUUUUAUCAGUUCGAAAGGAACCGAACUGCUGCAUUUCGCCAAACGAAAGGUCGAGGAGAGGGGGAUUAAAACGAAGCUCGUCACCACUGAGGACAAGGAGCAUAAUGUUUUGCUUAUGAGUCUUCCAUCCGGCGAAAUGAUGAAGAUUGCAGAAGAACUCGCGAUCAGGAAAAGGGAUCUUGAAGGAUACGUACGAACCUUUCGCAGCGCGGAUGUUGACAUGUUCACAACGAAUCCCGACGCGUCCGACUUGUUUACGCAGAGUGAACAAAUCCUCCUCAUCGAGUACUGCUUAGACAAGAUUAAGCCGGAUAAUACGUUUGACGAUGUUGUUGGAAAUGAGAGCAUUCUUGAGUGGUGUCAGCGCCAGCAUUAUCUAGAGGAUGUGUUUCCUCUGCAUCACCAGCAAUCCGCUAAGGAUAUCAUGGCCGAGCUAUCCUUCUCUUCCCCGCUUUACGAUGUUGGUGGUAUCUCCAAGCUUCAAGACUAUUUUGGAGAGAAGGUGGCACUGUACUUUGCGUUUCUGACCUUUUAUACAAAGACACUGGUAUCAUACGCCGUAGCAGGAAUUGCGGUUACAGUCGCAUCCACUUUUAUGAAUAGCAAGGCUGCAUUGCUCUUAUUCUUGUACAGCAUUUUCGGUGCUUUGUGGGGUGCUUCGCUGAUCAGUUUGUGGAAGAGGCGCAAUAUUGAGAUUGUCUACAUGUGGACUUCUCUUAUAAUGGGAGAUUCGUCGGAUGAAUCCCUUAUGUCCAUGACGAAAAAGGAAGAUCUCAGAAACAAGUUCUUCGGCAUAGAAGUUAGCCAUCGCAUAACUGGCGAGAAGAUCACUGUAUUUCCGAAACGUCAAAAGCUCGUACGGUACCUCCUUUCUGCUGUUGUUGUACUUUUUUCUCUCUUCGUGUCGUCGAAGCUGAUGAUGGCAGCCUUGGAUUUUGAAGAUACAAUGAAUCUGUGGCUUGAGGACAAAGCCCAUCUGUACAAAUGGUCUUCUCCGUUUAUCAUGAAGAGAAUCGUUUUAAAGAACGUACCUCUGGGUCUUUACCUCGGGUGUUUGAAUGUCUUGGACUUUGUGUAUGGGCUUGUUGCUGAGAAGCUUACAUUACAAGAAAACCACAAAUAUCACUCUGAGUAUGAAAAUAGCCUUGUUCUCAAACUAGUCCUAUUCCAAUUUCUCAACAUGAACGCAGCGUAUUUAUACGUGGCUUUUAUCCGUCAAGACUACCUCCGACUUGCUUCAUCCAUUAGAUCCGUUCUCAUGAUCGAACUCGUCAUUGGGAAUGUCAAAGAGACGAUCGUCCCCAUAUUUUUAGCGAGACGGAAGAGGAAGGCAAAAAUGGCUGAAGCUCUACAAAAGAAAAAGGAAGAAAAUCCAGAUCUGGCGGACACAGAACAGUUCGUGAGCUCUUCUGAUCUUGAUCCCAUUUCAACUCAGCUUGAUAUGGACCCGUAUGAUGGCGUCUUCGGCGACUACUUUGAACUCGUACGGCAAUUCUCUCAGAUCACACUGUUCGCAGCUGCCUUCCCUUUGGGCGCUCUUCUGGCCUUGCUGAACAAUUUCAUCGAGAUUUUCACAGAUUCCUACAAGCUUGUCUACAUGACGCGCAGGGCUUCUCCCAAGAGGGCUUUGAAUAUUGGAGCUUGGAUUAGAGCAUUUGAGUUUAUCUCGAUAACCUCCGUCUUGACCAACCUCGGCAUCAUCACAGUGACAGCCAAUUACGCCAGCGCUGUGGUGGGUAAGGGAACAAGCCAAACGGAGGAAUAUUUCUGGAUGAUUGUGGUCGAGCAUGUUCUGCUUGUGGCACGUUUCGCCUUUAUGACUCUGUUUGAAGGAAUCCCAUCUUGGGUGCGGGACCAAAGGGCAAAAGAGCGAUUCUUGGCGUCGAAGAAAGACGCAGCCGGAGCUCCAAGUCCCAGCUGAUCACCGAGACUAGGGUUGGUGAAAUGAUUCGAUGCCACAUCAGCUCUUUAGAACGCACCGCAACAUGUACAAAGUGCAGAACUAUGUUGGCCGCUAUUUUGAAGUAUGCUUGUCUCUUCUGUCGAAGGGCAUGUACUGCACGGAACACUAGUAAAAGAGGUUGUUAUUUGUA